AUGUCGACGGCUUCCGAAGGAGAUGGUCCCCAUAUUGGGUGUGUUGACGUCAAUGAAAAAGUGAAAGAAAGCGAAUCAAUAUAUGAAACUCUUUGUGAUUCGGGGCUGGAAACUUUAGAUUCAUGUUGCACCACGUUCCCGCCUUCGGACUCGGAGGGUUCACCUUUAAAAAUUUAUUUAAACGAUGGAGGCAAUGACGCAUCGACAGAGAGCCUUUCAAACGAAAGUAGUUUGUCAUGUCCUGUGUCCAACGAUAACGCAAUCGAAAAUUAUGUAAAAAGUUCUGUAGGCAACCCUAAUGACACAGAAAUAUCCAGUAGCAAUGAUAUAAAUGUUGAAUCCCCUAAAAAUUCUAGCAAAAAUGUAAGAAAUGAAACAGAUCUUGAUAAUGUUAAAAGAGGUUUAACAACUUCGACUGUGAGCCUUGAUGAUGAGAAGGCUGUAGGCCACACCGUUAUAAACAAAUCUACAUUUAGUAAAAGUGCUGAAAACAUUUCGAACAUAUCAUUUCAUGAGAAUCCUGAAAGUUCAAACUUAAAUUCCAGUGAGAAAGAGUUAAAUGCAGAGAAAAUUCUUUCACAAUUCUCAGCUCAUAAAACGAAGAUCACCGCUGUCCAGAAAGUACCUGAAACCCCUUCAAACUUAGAUCCCAAAUACACAAGAAUACCCAAAGAAUUAUUAUCCCAAGACAUAGGUAAUAUAGUCAAAAAUGUACAUGGCAUUUUUUCAUCUGUAAGCGGCAGUCUAAAAAGCGCAUACACACACCGAGCUGCGUAUGCUUAUAGCCAAAAGCCUAAUAAAACCGUAAAAAGUCUACCAAACGGUAAAUUAAUGAAUGAUAUAUUUGAAGAUGAAAAUAUUGAGCCCAAAACGAUUGAAAAGAAGGAAAUAAAAAUUGUAGAUCAGACUUUAAAUACAGAUAUUUCAAGACCAGAUAGUCCAGGGGAGUCUGGUAAUGCAAAGAGUGAUGUACUUAAACUACAAGUGGAAUCACUGGAGAGAUUGCUGGCGGAACAGAGGAAAGAAAACACUGCAUUAAGGGAACAAGUAAAACAACAAUGUGACGAACUGCAGCAGAAAGACAUGACUUUCAAAGAGUUAGAAGUGAAAUUAGAUUUGAUGUCCAAACGCGUUGAACAUGCUGAGCGGGAAAAGGAUGCCGCCGUGAUGCGGUACGCUAGCGUAGAAUGCGCGGCCAUCGAGGCACGCCGCGCUGCCGACAAUGCUGCGAAAGCAGAGAAAAACGCUCACGCUGAAGUGGAACUCUUAAAUGGGAAACUGAAGUCAGCUCAUGGUGAAAAGCAAAGGAUAUGUCAGCUAUAUGAUAAUAAGUGUCAUGAACUGAUGAACAGCGAGCGCGAAAUGGCGAAGCUCCGCGAAGACCUUCGGGAGCUGGACGGCCGGCUGAAGUGGACACAGAGCAAACUACGGAUGGAGAUGGAUGCUUACAAGGAGACAUCAGAGCGGGCCGACAAAUUGUCUCAGCAGGUUACUGAACUGGAGGCUAUGAAAGAAGCGGCCGCAGCCAACGCCACUGAUUCUAUAAAAGCUAAACAGUUUGAAGCGAAGUUGAAGGAGAGUCAGGCCGCUCUGAUUUUGUGUCGUCACGAGCGCGACGAGCUGGAACGCAAGUUGACUAGCACCACGCAACAGCUUAACGAUAGUACGAAAGAAAGGGACGCUGCUAUCGAAUCUCUCACUCGCACCACGGUUGAGGUGGAACAAUUAAAAAUAAGCAACCUACGCUUGGAGGAGGAAGCGGCUGAGCUAGCCGCUUUACGAGCGCAGGCGGCGCUUGCCGAUUCGCUGAGCGCUCAGUUGCAGCGCGAGCGGGAGCGCGCGGCGCGAGCGGAAGAAGCGCUGAGCGGCGAGCGCGCUGGCGCCGAGACCCGGGCGCGACGCGAAGCCGCCGCGCUGCAACACGCCGCAGCGCUCACCGCCGCGCAUGUCGCCGCUCAAGCAGCUGCACAGCGCCACGAGGCUGAGGCGCGAGCUUUAAGCGUGGAUAACACUUCCCUCCGCGAACGCUUAUGCACUCUGGAAGCGGAGUGCCAGAAGUUACAGACGGCACUCAGCGAGGAGACUGAGCGGAGGAACAAGGAGAACAGGGUCCUCGCUAGGAAGGUGGCAGAGUUAACAGAAGAGGUUGCGGAAGCGAACAAAAAGUUAGAGUGGGAGAAGGGGGAAAAUGGUGUUCUCAAGAAGAAACAUUCUAGUGCCAUAAAGGAAUUAAACCGUGAACUUCAACGUGCCAUGAAACGCUGCGAGCAGCUGGAAGCCAAGCUCCCCCCUCCCGAUGCAAAUUCCACCAGGACAGGUUCGAUUUCAUCAUUAAGCAGCGGGGAAAGUGCACCGCAGGAGGAACGAUUACAAAACGGACACACAGACACACUACCUGAUAUACAGGUAUGA